AAAUAACGCCUCGCGUUGGAGAAAAACGGCGUUUUAUAUUCGCUAAAAGUGUUUGUUUGUCGCGGUCGCCGUCGUGGUGGUGGUCAGGUUUCGGCGGAGGAGCCGGGGUUGGUUACUUUCCGUCCCGUUAGCUGGCCGCGUAGCUCGCCUGCUUGCCAUCCACGGCGAUUUCUGCCGAGAAAACAACUGAAUUCUGGAAACAUGGAGUCAAGGAGCGUCGCGCCGUGCUAACCCGACUCCGCUGGAUGCUCUUUCCCCCGUGGAGACUUUGUGAAGGACAACACCACGGAGACGUUUUCCGCUUGCCAGUCAACAUUCACGCCGUGUUGUGUGCGUGUGUUUGUGUAUGUUUUAGUCGUUGGCUGGCUCCGGGACUUUUGCUUAGUUUGCACUCGAAACAAGAGCAUACGAAGCAAAGUUUUUUUUUUCUUCUUUCUUUUUUUUUUUUUUUUUUUUUUUGCUGAAAGAGCUCCUCUGUUUUUGUUAGCUGGCGAGAUUCAAAGCCAGCCAGCUUUCCGUGAGAAGGAUUUUUCUAUAAAAAAAAACGAAAAAAAGGAAACAUUGUGCUUUAUUUGACCCUACCGUCGAACCGUUUCAGGCUCGUUGUAGCUGACGUCCUACACCGGUACAACGUUAGCUGCAGUUGUUGCUAAUUUGUAACGCCGCGUCGCUUAAAAACUGGGUAUCGACCUCCUUCCCAUGGUCACGGGAGAGUCCUCUCCACGGCCACGGGCUGGCAUUUCUGAGAACGAGGGAUACCAAAUGGGACUGGCGGAGUCUCCGGCGACUUAAAGAGAUCUUUUUAGGAACCGAGCCGGGUCGCGGGGGGCCAAGGUGUCGGUUACAUCGCAGCACACGCAUCGCGUCCACGUUUCACUCUGGGAUGUGAAUGCAGAGGAUUCACUCGCAGAGUUCACACAUGCACGACAACUUGUGCUAGCUGACGCAGUGUAUUUAUUAUUUUUGCCCCAACAUUUUGUUUACAGUCAUCCGACUGCACAGCUAAUAACGACCCCCCCCCCCUUCCCGCCCCACUUCCCCUCGAUGCACUGUCGACUUCUUGCUGUUUGAUUUAACAGCCAAUAGUAUUUUUUUUUCUUUUUCGGACGUGCCCUUCAACAACCUAACUGAGUCCUGCGAAUAAUCCACCUUCAACACCAUAAUCGAGAUCCCUGCCUACUUCAGACUUAUGCCACAGAAGGACGCUCCGGGAAAUCGCCUCAUCACGCUCUGGAAAAUGCUAAUAGGAUAUCAUUUGCUGCAAAUCUAGAACCGGAAGCCCAAUGAGUGACACACAGUCCAGCUUCACUGACAGGUUUCCCAAGAAAGCAAACAGAACCAGCAGUAUUCUCAGUAAAGACCACCCCCCGGACAAGAAACCCAAAAGUGACAAAACCUCACUUCCCUCCAAUGAGUUUGACCCUACAGAAGCUCUGGUGUUGCAGAGGAGUGGCAGCAGCAGUGUGCUAGCAGAGGGGAAGCCCGAGUCCUGUGGUCUGGUUCAACGAUGUGUAAUCAUCCAGAAAGAUGAAAAUGGCUUCGGGCUCACUGUCAGUGGUGACAACCCAGUGUUUGUGCAGCUUGUCAAAGAAGAUGGGGCUGCUAUGCGGGCAGGUGUUCAGACAGGAGAUAGGAUCAUCAAGGUUAACGGGACCCUUGUCACACAUUCAAAUCACAUUGAGGUGGUGAAACUUAUCAAAUCGGGCUCCUAUGUGGCCCUCACGGUGUUGGGGCGUCCUCCGGGGCUCGCCCAGAUCCCUUUGUCUGAAGCGGAGUCUGAAAUGCUGGGGGUUAGCAUUUCCUCUCCAAACUCCCCAGCAGCAGAACGCCCCUACAGUCCUCUGGACCGCCUCUCCUUCACUCAACCAUCAUGGGAUGAGAGUAGCAGUGUCUGCAACCAGAGGGUUGACAUGUUUCAAAGUAGGCUCACGAAAGGGCAGCAGGAGCUACAGGCCAUGAAGGAGGAGUACAGCAGGAACCCCUCCCCCAAACUACUGAAAAACAUCCAUGAAGCGAAGAAACACAUUCCUCAGCUGCAGGGUCAGCUUUUCAAGGCCACUGGGGCAACACAGGAAGCUUUUCCAGGUGGAGAUGCAGAUGGCAUGUUUGAAACCGAGCACUCUAAGGGAGACAACAGUAACGAUCUGUCCUGGAGCAGCUCUCCUAUAUCUCGUGUAUUUGGCCCUGGAUCUCCAGAGAGCCUUUACCCAAGAGAGUCAUCCUGCCACAGCCCAAAGAGCACUCCCAGAAACAGCUUCAACUCCUGCCACUCUCCAGAGGCAGAGGACGCCACCGAUCUGGAUUGUCUUUCCCCUUCCACGGUCAGCAGUCCCUCUUCCUCAUCCCGCCUUGUCUCGCAAAUCAUUGGGGCUGAGGAUGACUAUUUUUAUUCAGACCAGGAGCAGACAAAUGGCCAGUGUAACAGCUUUAACAACAUGGAGCAGCUCAAGUCUCGGCCCGCCCACCUCGCCGCCUUCCUUCACCAUGUCAUCUCUCAGUUCGACGCUGCUCCUGUGCUGUGCUACCUCUACGCUGACUUCUACAAGCAGACCAACUCCAAAGAGACCAGACGGGUGUUCAUGGACCUGCACACCUUUUUCAUUGACCGUGGAGCAAAUUUGAAAGUUGCUGUCCCUGAAUCCAUCUCUAAUGAUCUCGACCGCCGGCGGACAGAACUGAUCCCCGAGGAAAUAAACAGACAACAUGUUCAAACGCUGCAGGAGUCUCUGCUCCCUGACAUCCAGAAGAACCUUGAAGAUUUCAGGCAGAAGCGCAGUAUGGGCCUAACUGUGGCCGAAGUGGAGCUGGCGAGACUGGACCAAGAGCGAGUCAGAGACCGUGUCGCUCUGGAGAGAGAGCGCUCAUAUGCGGAAAACAUCAUCACUAAGAUAGAGGACAUCCUGUUAACUACUCAUCCCACAGAAGAAGAGAAAUGCACUACAAUGCAGUAUGUCAUCUAUACAUACAUGAAGCACCUUGGUGUGAGGGUGAAGGAACCUCGAAGUCUGGAGUCCAAACGUGUCAGGAUCAACUUUCUUCCCAAAAUCAAGAAAAGCAUCAAGACAGAAAAGGAAGGAGAAGAGAAGGUGAAGAAACCCAGAUUUCCAAGUAUCCUUGGACCACAGCGUCGGCCCAGCCGCAUUGAAGCAGCUUCUGUCGGUAAAGCUUUAGAUGGUCGCCCCCGGCCGCAGAAACAGUUGUCUCAACCCUCACUGGGGGCAAGUGAUCACGUGGAAUCUGGUCGUCUAAGAGGCAGCCAAUCCAGCGAGGGCUCUGAACUCACACACUCCAUGUCUAUCAACAAUUCAACGGGGAACAGCGCGACCUACAGCUCAGACGCCAGCCGAGACAGCGAUACGGUUGGGACUCCAACCUCAGGCCCGUCCAGGCUGAGUGACGGUCUUCAGAUCGACCCCCUCGACGGGUUACCGUACCCUGCUUCGCAUUUCGACCUUUACAGCCUGGACCAACUGCAGGAGGAUGACAGAGAGAGCGACAGAGCCCAAGAGGGUACGCCGAAAGCCAUAAGAAGGCUUGAGGGGCUGGGUGCAGCUGACGUCCAGAGUGAAGACGACCAGGGAACUGACUCUGAGCACGACCCUCCGAAUUGGCAGCAGCUGGUGGGGCGAGAGAUCCUGGCGGGUCUCAGGACUCAGGAAAUCAAGAGACAGGAGGUCAUCAAUGAGCUGUUUUAUACAGAGCGUGCACAUGUAAGGAUGCUGAAGGUUCUGGACCACGUUUUCUACCAGAAGCUCUCUAAAGAGGCCAUCCUGCCUCCUGCUGAUAUCAAGAACAUCUUCACCAACCUGGAUGAGAUUCUACAGCUGCAUGUUUCAAUACUGGAACAAAUGGCAGCUGUUCGGAAGAGAAAUGAGUCUUCGGUAAUUGAUCAGAUUGGAGACGACUUGCUCUCCUGGUUCAGCGACGGAGAGGAGGAGGAGAUCAAGAAGGCGGUGGGGACGUUCUGCAGCAAUCAGCCGUUUGCUCUUGAGAUCAUCAAGACCAAGCAGAAGAAAGACUCGAGGUUCACUUCGUUCGUCCAGGAGGCAGAGAGUAACCGACUGUGUCGCCGACUGCAGCUGAAGGACAUCAUUCCUGUAGAGAUGCAGCGGCUCACCAAGUACCCCCUGCUACUAGAGAACAUCGCCAAGUACACAGACAACGCAGUGGAGAAGGACAAAGUGAAGCAGGCAGCCGACUGCUGUCGAAAGAUUCUCAAUCACGUCAACCAGGCAGUUAAGGAAUCUGAGGACAAGCAGAGGUUGGAGGACUAUCAGAGAAGAUUGGACCUCUCCUCUCUGAAGCAGACAGACAACCCUAUGAUCCUGGAGCUAAAAAAUUUGGAUUUAACCAAAAGAACGAUGGUGCAUGAGGGACCGCUGUCAUGGAAAGUGAACAAGGACAAGACUAUUGAGUUGUACACCCUCCUGCUGCAGGACAUCUUGGUUCUGCUGCAGAAACAAGAUGAACGUCUGAUACUGAAGUGUUACAGUAAAAACCUGGUGGGCCCCGCGGAUAACAAACAUAUCUUCAGCCCCAUCAUCAAGCUCAACACUGUGCUGAUUCGCUCUGUGGCCACAGACAACAAAUCCUUCUUCGUCCUAUCGAUGUCAGAGAACGGAGCCCAGAUCUACGAGCUGAUGGCGCCCACAGUCUCAGAUCAGAGAACGUGGCAGCGUCUCAUCACCCAGAGAGCUGAUGCCAUCAAAGUAAAGCCUCACAGCGUCAUACCAUUACCUCAGACUGAUGGGGACAGAGACGGCGUGGAGAUCAUCACAGCAGGUGUUUCGAGGUCGAGUCGAGAUCCCGACCGCACGUCCACAGGCAGCACACAGUCCACAGAUAAAGAGAGCAGUCCGGCUCCGAGAAGUGUGACCCAGACUUCUCUACCGGGUAGCAAUCCAUUUGAGGAAAUUAAGGCAGAGGAAGAGGAGGAGGAAGGAUUCGUGGACCCAGAGUUUCCUUUCCAAGCGGCCGAGGAUGGCAAAGAAGGAGACUCGUUUGACUUGUUUCCCUCCAGAGCAGACGAAGCGCUGAAAACACUGGCAGCGUUGAAGCAGGUGCUGGUGACCCAGCUGAUGUCCCAGGAGGCUUUGGAGCAAACCAAACGCUCCACAGGGGUGCGUCUCCUCAGGACCACCUCCCUGCGGACGCCAGUGGACAGCCGCACUCGGGUGAUGGUGCACAACGGCUCCGAUAAGACAGAGGAACCUACUCAGGACCUGGGCUCUGGGGACACGGGCUUCUUUGACUCUCCGGAAGAUUUUGGAGGGUUAUUAGUGCUAGAGGGUUACGGCGCCCCGGGCGAGAGCAGCACCGAUGAUGACAUCCUGGCAUCAACCACAGGAAAGCAGCUGAGAUCCUCACAAGGCUGCGCUGCCGACUCCGGCAUCAACUUGCGCUUCUCCUCAACGUCACAGGCCGGCAGCCUCUCCUCUUUUAGCAGACAGGUCUUGUCUUACCUUAGAAACCUUCAGGCCAACCUCAACUACCUGAAGGAGGUUGAGGCCAAAUACAACAAUCUAACACGCCAAAGGCCAGAGACGUCAGCAGCAGACACGGAUGGGAACAAAGAUAAGAGAUAAUGGAAGACAGCCCCGCAGCUUUUGGCUCUGGUCCCAAAGAGGAAGUAGCGACUUGUGGGCUGUUCCUACUUCUUGAGUCCUGGACAUUCUGGACAUCCUAUAAGCUUGUCCUCUCACUGCUGAGCCCCUUGUUUUUUUUUAUCAACCCUCGCCCACAGUUGCCACAGAGAAUGAAAGACUGAGUGUGAGCAGAAACGUUUGAAGGGUGGAGUCAUCUUUGUGAUACCUUCCAUCAGCACAAGGCAAUCAGGAAAGGGUGAUUGCCCCCAAAACCUCACCCCUCUACCAUACAUCACUCAUUUUCUCAAGACCUUCCUGCAAGAAAAAGAGAACUUAUACCAAAAUGUACAAAGAUGUGUGUUCUAGAAUAUAUAUAUGUGUGUGUGUAUAUAUAAAUAUAUAUAUAUAUAUACACAUAUAUAUGAAACACAAAACAAGAAAAGGAAAAUUUUAAGAUAAUGUAUUAAGAUUUUUUUAUCCCAAGAUGUAUUUAUUUUCUUUCUUUUCAUUUAAAAAAAAACAAAACAAAAAGUGUUUCCAACAUAGCUUGCAUGCCUUUGGCCAUGGUGUUACUGUUUUGGCUGCUUUUCCUGUUUCAGUCAACCAGGGUUAGUGUGAGUGUUGGGUGCACACUAGCACACAAGCACGCUAGUCUAGCGUACCCUGAUGAAAUGGCAGGAUUUAUUCCGAAUUAUAGAGGCCAGAAUUGCACUGGUAGAUCCCUUUGUGUUUAAAAAAAAAUGUGUUAAAGUCUAGAAUUUCAGAUAAAUUCUAGUUGUGGUGUUAACUAGAAUGAAGAGUCUGAAGGCUCUGAUCUGGUCCUGUUGCGUUUUUCGUGCUGCCUCUUUCCCUCCUCCUCCUCCUCCUCCUCCUCACUGAGGGGCAUUUUGCCUCUUCUGCUAUGCGUGUGACCCUCCCCCUUCUUUUUCCUGUCAACACUUACGGGUGUCAUCCUCUUUUUCCUCACAGCGCAGUGUCUUUCAUGCUUAUUUAUCCCCUCCCACACGUCAUACUUCUUCAUUUGCAUUCAGGUAUCUUGCCCCGUUCUCCCCCCUCUACAAGGAGCGCUCGUGCUCUUUCUGUAUCAGCUUCUGACAGGAAUGCAGCUGCUUUCUGCUUUCCCGGCGAUACUCAUCUGACUGCCUGAUAUUCUAAUAAUGUCAUGAAGUUCAACAUAUGUACAAUUAUCAAGUUGGAAGGUUAUGCAUAACUUUAAUAAAUAAAUGGUGCCAUGACACAUUGAAAAAGGAAAACUUGCUUUUUUUUCCACAUUUAUGCUUUUAUGUGCAGUUGAUUUUUUUUAAUUUAAUAACAUAAAAAGGUGUUCUGUGUAACCUUUUUCUUGUACAGAACUAAUUGAAUGACAAUUUAAGUGAUGGAGAAAAGAUUGAACACUAUUUAUUCACUUAAAACAGGAGAAAGCUCAAGGACACGUGAGCAUUAGUCAUGAUGGAUAAUUAAGUGUAAAAAAAAGCAUAUUCAUGAAUUAUUCAAUGAGUUAUGUCCGUAUAUUUAAACCUAACAUUGUCCACUGGUCAUAAUAUAUCUGCAUACUGACCUCUUGUCCUUAGCUGUGUACAUUUCUCAUAUGUCAGUAUGAUUAUUUUGCCUUCUGAUGAAGGGUCACCUCCAUAGGAUUUAAUGUUAAGCGUUUUUUUUUUUUUACGGGAGUCAUUGGUACCAAUUCAUUCAUCCCGUAACAUUUUGGGCAGUUACGCAGAACAAUGUUCCGGUCCACCUGGAUGUCAAAUGAAUAUUCACUCACAUUUAACCUGUAUUUUUUUUUUUUUUGUCCCCAUGAACUGUUAACUAUGAGGAAAUCAAUCUGUCUCUCAACUGUGUUUACCACCUAGCGAGCUGUUAAUUGCAAAUAAAAGUUUGGUGCUCUGAAAUGA